UUUCUCAAUAUUUUGAUUUUCAAAUAGGCUAGAUGUAUCUCAGCCAAAGACUGCCAUAUCCCAUGCAUCGAUGUAAAGCGUCAAAAAAAAUGACCCUUAUGACUGGUUUUGUGGUCCAGAGUCACAUAUAUAUAGCCUAUAUGUUUAUUGACUUCGUUGUCGCAUGACACACCAAGGUAGACUAAUAUGAAAUAUUUUGUGACUGGUACAGUAGGUAAAGCCGCCGGUGGCGCGUGCGCGUGCGCGCGAGGGAGGGGAGGUUGAUAUAGUCGCCGCUGCUGGAGCUCACAGUCAGUUUGAGCGGAACGAGGCACGUUCAGCUCCGAGAUUCCGUGUGUGUGAGUCUCUAGAUUCGCAGAUCGCGGCAGAUCAUCGGCGGUGUUUGCCAGAGAUGCUCGUGUUGUAGAGGCGUCCAGCAGCAUCAGUUUCCGUCGCGCUGAAAGGAAUGAGAGCAGAGCAUCAAUGUUUCACUGGGGCAAGUGGAAGAAGAGGAUGGGAGCGAACAGUUCAUCUAAGAGACCAGUGUUCGACGACAAAGAGGAUGUGAACUUCGAUCACUUCCAGAUUCUGCGGGCCAUCGGUAAAGGGAGCUUUGGGAAGGUGUGCAUCGUGCAGAAACGGGACACGGAGAAGAUGUACGCCAUGAAGUACAUGAACAAGCAGCAGUGCAUUGAGCGGGAUGAGGUCCGGAACGUCUUUAGAGAGCUUGAGAUCCUUCAGGAGAUUGAACAUGUGUUUUUAGUAAACCUCUGGUACUCGUUCCAGGACGAGGAAGACAUGUUCAUGGUGGUGGAUCUGCUGUUAGGAGGAGAUCUGCGCUAUCAUCUGCAGCAGAACGUGCAGUUCACCGAGGACGCUGUGAAGCUCUACCUGUGCGAGAUGACGCUGGCGCUCGACUACCUGCAGAGCCAGCACAUCAUACACAGGGACAUCAAGCCGGACAACAUCCUCCUGGACGAGCAAGGUCACGCGCAUUUAACAGACUUUAACAUCGCUACCAUAAUCAAGGACGGUGAACGAGCCACGGCGUUAGCGGGUACAAAGCCUUACAUGGCUCCAGAGAUCUUCCAGUCGUUCGUGAGCGGGGGAACCGGUUAUGCGUUCGAGGUGGACUGGUGGUCGCUGGGCGUGACGGUCUUUGAGGUUCUGCGAAGUUGGAGGCCGUACGACAUCCACGCCAGUAACUCGGUGGAGUCUCUGCUGCAGCUGUUCAGUACGGUCAGUGUGCAGUACAGCUCAUCCUGGCACAAAGACCUCAUCUCGCUGCUGAGGAAGUUAUUGACUGUAAACCCAGAGCAUCGCUUCUGUAGUCUGGCUCAAAUGCAGACGGCGCCCUACCUCUCCGAUGUCAACUGGGACGACGUUUAUGAGAAGAAGAUGGAGCCCGGCUUUGUUCCCAAUAAGGGUCGUCUGCACUGCGAUCCCACCUUUGAACUGGAGGAGAUGAUUCUGGAGUCUCGUCCUCUUCAUAAGAAGAAGAAGCGACUGGCAAAACACAGAUCGAGAGACAACAGCAAAGAUUCUCAGUCUGAGAACGAGUAUCUUCAGGAGUGCCUUGAAGUCGUCCAGCAAGAGUUCAUGAUUUUCAACCGUGAAAAGUUGAAGCGCCGGCAGGAGGAGGAGGGCUGUAUGGCCGCAGACGGAGACGCCGAUCCAGACGGAGACGAGGCCGAGGGAGGAACGGAGGACGAGGAGACAGAGGCCGAGGCCGAGGCCGAACCCGAGGCCUCCAAACUGAGCAUGUGCGGCUCGGUCUGCUCGUCUCCGGGAAGCUGCUAGCGCCCCCUGCUGUCUCUGAGCUGCUCACCUCGCCUUUAACAGCCCUCGAGAUCCCAGCCCUGGCUUCUUUCGUCUCCGUCGCUCCUAGAGUAAUCUGAACUUCUAUGCAACGUAACUCUUCAGCAUGAUGUAAAAUAGAGAUUUUAGAGGCAAUUCUACAAUGUAAGACUGUUUGCUUGAGUAUGACGACACCACAUGAAACACACCAGACGACGGAGAAGAUCUUCAUCUCAAGUCCAAACUGAUAAUUGACUUAAUUGCAUUUGUAUGUUUACACAUGUGACCACAAAACCAGUCAUAAGGGUCAAUUUUUUGAAAUUGAGAUUUACACAUCAUCUGAAAGCUGAAUAAAUAAUCUCUCCAUUGAUGUAUGGUUUGUUGGACAAUAUUUGGCUGAGAUGCAACUAUUUGAAAAUCUGGAAUCUGAGGGUGCAAAAAAAUCUAAAUAUUGAGAAAAUCUCCUUUAAAGUUGUUCAGAUGAAGUUCUUAGCAAUGCAUAUUACUAAUCAAAAAUGAAGCUUUGAUAUAUUUACGGUAGGAAAUUUACAAAAUAUCUUCAUGGAACAUGAUCUUAAUAUCCUAAUGAUUUUUGGCAUAAAAGAAAAAUGUAUAAUUUUGACCCAUACAAUGUAUUGUUGGCUAUUGCUGCAGAUAUAGCUGUGCUGCUUAUGACUGCUUUUGUGCUCCAGGGUCACAGAUGUGAGUUAUUAUUGAUCAUGGAAGCAUCUGGUGCCUCUUGAAUUCAGGACAGAGUUUUACUGCUGGUUUAAUGUGCUGCUGGGAGUCAAACUGCAGGACUAGUUAACAGUAUUUGUUAUUAAUAUAUAUAUAUAUAUAUAUAUAUAUAUAUAUAUAUGAUCUUAAACACUUUUAAAAGCCGCCUAAGUAGGCCUAUUAGAAAUGAAGCAGAUGUUCUUGUUCCUUGAAAAAUUAUUUAAUAGACUGCAAAAAAUUUUUGUCUUGCCUUCCAGUACAAAUAUCUAAAGAUUGUUAAAUCAAGUUACAUUUACUGGAGAUUCAAAAUGACUCGUUUUCUAAAAGAAUUUAUAAAAAUGAAUCGAGUUUGUUUAAAACGAAACAAAUUAUCUGUCAGAAAUACAAUCUUGUUUCGUCCCAUUGGUUGAUAUUUUCAUUUGUUUUAAGCUUUUUUUUCUUCAUCUGUGCAUUUGAGACGUCUGAUUUUUCCAGCACUUUAAAGCAGAAAAUCCUCUGUCGAAUUCAAUAAGAUCUGGAGACUCAUUUGUUUUUUGUUUUUCUCCUGUAGAAAUGAAAAAAAACUUGGACUGAUGUGUUUACAGUGAGAUGAUUCUGUUUAAUUCUACACGAGGACGAUCACGUGACCAUUUCAGCAAUGACAUCAGUCUUUCCUUUAAAGACCUCAUGAAUUAUUUAUUUGCUGUCUUUUAGUUGAUGCAUGACAUUGAAGGGCUCAUCACCCUUUUACUGUAAAUAUCCAGUAGUCUUUAGUUUCUACAUGAACCGUGAUUUAAUACUUACAGUUUAGGAGGAGCUUCAUUCUGACAGCAAUUACAGCCCUGACGAAACGCGUCUGUCUGAUUAUUCGUCAGCAUACAGUAUACACUACUGGUCAGAUUUUUUUAUAUAUUUUUGAAAGAAGUCUCUUCUGCUCACCAAGGCUGCAUUCAUUUGAUCAGAAAUACAGUAAAUUGUGAGAUAUUAUUACAG